AUGUCAAGGGCUCGCAAACACUGGCUUAAUGUCAGAGGUCCUGAUCUCUCAGCCGCCAUGUCAAGGGCUCGCAAACAUUGGCUUAUUGUCAUAGGUCCUGAUCUCUCAGCCGUUGGUAUGAUUACUCUCGUAUAUAGUUUGAGUGGUAUUCUUGUUAAGCGGCGUCUCCGUUUAUUACACUUGGAGUCCACAGAAGAUAAUGCCCGCGACAUAGAAGUUAGAUCGAAAGAAUUCUUCUUCGUCGUCGUCUCUGGGACGAGAAGAGUCUUAUUGCUUGCAUUAUCUAUAGUUUCUUUGAGCAAACUUAGAUCAAAAGAAGAAUCUCCGUCGUCAUCUUUCAUCUGA